GGCAAAGCCAAGGACCCUGAUAGAAGAAGAAGGCCAGGCCCAGCAGCCUUUUGGGAGGAGGGAAGGUGUGGUUGUUGGGAAGAUGGAGGCCUGAGGGGUCCCAGAGCCACUUGGUCCCUGCAGAGCUUGGCAAUGGAUGUAAUGCUGCAGAAAGAAGAAUGCCCAAAGGUGACAUUUACACCACCAUUGUACAAACAACGCUACCAGUUUAUAAAACAGUUAGUGAGCAAACAUAAGCCUAAAAAGGUGGCUGAUUUGGGAUGUGCCGACUGCAUGCUACUCUGGAUGCUGAAAUUUUGCAACUGCAUUGAAGUGCUUGUGGGACUAGAUAUCAGUGAAGAUGUAUUGAAGGAAAAAAUGCAUAAACUGUCUCCCCUUCCUGGUGACUACCUCCAGCCAAGUGAAAGAUCCCUCACAAUUAUCCUCUAUCAGGGUUCAGUUGCUCUCAAAGACCCUUGUAUGUUGGGCUUCGAUAUGAUUACAUGUAUUGAAUUAAUAGAACACCUGGAGGCUAAUGUAUUAGAGAAAUUUCAAGAAGUGGUAUUUGGUUUUAUGUCUCCAACCAUGAUCAUAAUUAGCACACCAAAUUCAGAAUUUAAUCCUUUGCUUCCAACUGUAACAUUGUUCAGACACCCAGAUCAUAAAUUUGAAUGGAAUCGAUCACAAUUUCAGAAUUGGGCCCAAGAGACUGCUGCUCGCUAUAAUUACACAGUUGAAUUUACUGGAUUAGGAAUCCCACCUCCUGGAAAAGAUGUUGGAUUUUGUACACAAAUAGGUGUGUUUGUGAGAAAAUGUAUAAAGCAUGUGGAAGCCACCCGAUCUGAAAAAUACCAAGAUCAUGUUUAUAAAAUUGUUUUCAAAGCUGUGUAUCCAAGCCUUAAAGAGGAGAAGUACUUGCAGAAUGCAGUAGUCAAUGAAGUAGUUUGGACAGCGCAAAUAAUUGCAAGCGAACUGUUGGACCACCGAAAAUCUGAAUAUAAAAAGCAUUGUGGUGACUGUGUCGAAACAGAAUCCCGAUUCAAGCCACGUAAUAGCUUCCUGAAGUAUUUGGAAUAUCCUUCUAUACUUGAACCUAACAAUAAAAAUAUGGAACCCUUUAUUAAUGGAAACACAGUUUCCAUACCUCUUGCAAAAAUCUUUUCUUUUCCCAAAGUGAAGCAACUUUGUGGGAACUUUGAAACACUUAGUAAGUUCAUAACUGGCAAAAUUGCACUGAGCAGUGAUGGGUCAGCAGUGCUGAUUGACACUGAAUAUGAAAAUGAAGGGCAUAAUUACUACUAGAUACUUUUAAAAAAUGCAUGUUCAUGGUACUAACUUCACUGAUGGAAGGAAUUUUAGUUAAACACGGGUAGCUAAUAGUUCAAAACAAACAAGGACCUAGUACACGCACUAAUAGAAGAUGAUGAUGGGGAGCAGGAGGUACUGGGAUAGUUUGCAAUAGCCAUUUAAUAAAUGGUUCAGCUACAGAAGAGUUUUUUUGUUCCAGCUGUUUAUAACAUGUGCAUAUGUAUCCACACAAUGUAAAGCUGUAGAUGGAUAAAUUACACUUAAAUAGUUUGCUGUGAGUUUUUCUGGCUGUGUGGCUGCAUUCUGGAAGAAUUUUAUCCUGACUUUUUGCCUGCAUCUGUGGUUGGCAUCUUCAGAGGAUGGUGGCAUGGUAGUGUGGGGAGUAUAAAUACCUGUGAGACCCUUGUUUGGGAGGAAGUGGCUGUUUACAUGUCAAUGGUGGAGUUAGUUUGUGUGCUGUACUAACUCCACCACUUUCAUGCCACUACCCUCUAAAGAUGCCAGUGAAAAGUCAGGAAAAAAAUUCUUCCAGAACGUGGCCACACAGCCCAAAAAACCCACAAAAACUUAUGGAUGCCAGCUGUGAAAGCCUUUGAGUUCACAUUACAUUUUUAAACUUACAAAUUAGCUGAUUGUAAUGCAGUUCAUUGGAUAACCUAUAUGGUUGGAAAUUAAUCACAAGAAUAAGAAAUGGGAACUGUCUUGCAGGUGAGGCAGAGGGAUAUUAGAAUUGAGAUUAGAGAAAAAAUAGUAGUCUAAAAACAUGGGAGGAAGUGGUGCUAAAUAUGUGAACAAAAGUACACAACACUGACUGCUCAGAAAAAAUGGUAUAGUGUUGUUUCUUUGAUAACUUCGGACAACAGUUUGUAUAAUUAAUGUUAUGUGAAGUAAACUUUAUAGUUACUGUUGGAAUACCACUAAUCUUACUUUGUGUUCCUCAUGAAUCAAUGCCAAGUAACUGUCAUUUUACACUUAAAAUGUUUGAGUGCCAGUGUGAGCACUAUGGCAGACAAAAUAUGUCUAAAAGAAAUCAAAAUAUACAAAAUAUAUUUAGAGUAAUUCCAAGCAAACAGUGUAUAGAAAGCAUGAAUAUAAUCUGUGAAUUAGUUCAAUAAGUAUAUAGUGAUUCUAGUUUAGAUGAGGCAACCUACUAUUUUCAGUAAGAAAUGCAAAGAAAAUUCUUUUUCUACCUUAAUUUUACAGAAGAGUACAUACAGGUUGUCAGUACAGUUUGUUACCCCCUUUUAUGUAACCACUACAAGACAUCCCCCCGUUCUUUUCUUAUUUAAGAAACAAAACAUCACAAAUAGAGGUUGAAGACAAAAACUUUUAUUGAAUUUGUAAGAUCCCCUUGUAUGUUAAAUACUUACUAAAAAAACUGACCUUACUAAAAAGUAUUUUUGCACAUCACUGUACAGUUUACACAAAAUUAAUGCCAUACAUAAAUAUGAAGGUCAUUUCCCAUGUCUCAGGGACAUGAUUGGAAUCACUUCAUUGAAACAGUUCAGUUGACAAAAGUGCAUGAUAGUUAUUCAGGCAAUUAAUAGAACUUGCAUAUGGAAUUUAAAGAAAAACAUAUCAGCAUGAUGGACAUAAGAGUAAUGUGAAUGUAAUAAUUUUUAUACCAAUUAAGACAUCUUGUAACAAUUGUUUUCUCCCUUGUAUUUUCUCAAUGCCAGCAUUUCUUGAAAUGUACCAUUAUCCAGGACUGACAAUUUUCAGAACUAGAAUAUCCUUCAAUAAAUUCAAACACUAUUUUAGUGGCUUUUUAAAGACUCCAAUAGCAAGCUCAAAGUAUAGUUCAAAAUAAAUGUGCAUUUUUUUGUGCAGCUUUUAAAAAUGAGAUCUCUGCUUAUACUGAAUUAGAACAAGUUCAGACUGGAUAAAAUGCUGUAUAAAGCAGCAACAAUGCUAUUUCUGGUACCAUAAUAAAGAAGUAAUAGAUUUCA